UACGCCUGUCUGGACCCUGAGAAGCACGAGAUCCGCCUUUUGCAAGUCGUCAAGCGAGUCAAAGAUCAUGGCCGGGAGUCCCUGCUUACUCGUACCUUCACGAUAAGUCUCCUGGAUCCGGAGCAUCAUCCCUACAAAUGUCUCUCCUAUGUCUGGUCUGACCAAACCCCCAUGUUCCAGAAGGGGUUGCUUCCGUCUCCCGAAGUUGAGGAUGCAAGUUCGCCGCUCGCAAAGCUGCAGCAGAAUGCGUUAACCGCACUCAUGGAGCUAGCUGAGGAAGAUAGUGUUCUGACGAUUUGGAUUGAUGCAAUUAGCAUAAACCAAGACGAUAGCAAUGAGCGCAGCUCCCAGGUUGCUAUGAUGGAUCUAAUCUACCAGAACGCAGAAGAGGUCAUUGCCUGGAUAAGCCCG